AUGGCAAGAAAGAAGAUCAGGGAGUACGAUUCCAAGAGGCUUCUCAAGGAGCAUUUGAAACGAUUGGCUAACAUCGACCUUCAGAUUCGCUCUGCUCAAGUGACGCAAACAACGGAUUUCACCGAGUUAACAAACAAAGAAUUAUGGCUAUCGUCCACAAAGCUGGUUGUCAAACCAGAUAUGUUGUUUGGAAAACGGGGGAAGAGUGGCUUGGUAGCUUUGAAUUUAGAUCUUGCACAAGUUGCUGAAUUUGUGAAAGAACGACUUGGUGUUGAGGUUGAGAUGGGUGGUUGUAAAGCGCCUAUAACAACAUUCAUUGUAGAACCAUUUGUCCCCCAUGAUCAAGAAUAUUACCUUUCCAUAGUUUCUGAAAGGCUGGGAAGUACCAUUAGCUUUUCAGAAUGUGGAGGCAUUGAAAUUGAAGAAAACUGGGACAAGGUUAAGACCAUAUUCCUUCCAACUGAAAAACAAAUGACCAUUGAGGCAUGUGCUCCGUUGAUCGCUACACUUCCCCUAGAGGUACGGGGGAAGAUCGGUGAUUUUAUAAUGGGGGUUUUUUCUGUAUUUCAAGAUCUAGAUUUCAGUUUCCUUGAGAUGAAUCCAUUUACACUGGUGAAUGGGGAGCCAUACCCAUUGGACAUGAGGGGAGAGUUGGAUGACACUGCUGCCUUCAAAAACUUUAAGAAGUGGAGUGCCAUAGAGUUUCCUCUGCCUUUUGGAAGAGUCUUGAGUCCGACAGAAAAUUUUAUUCACUCUUUGGAUGAAAAAACUAGUGCAUCUUUGAAAUUUACUGUCUUGAACCCGAAAGGACGAAUUUGGACUAUGGUGGCUGGAGGAGGUGCAAGUGUAAUAUAUGCUGAUACCGUUGGAGAUUUGGGCUACGCGUCCGAGCUUGGUAAUUAUGCCGAGUACAGUGGAGCUCCAAAUGAAGAAGAAGUUUUGCAAUAUGCCAGAGUAGUUAUCGACUGUGCCACAGCAGACCCUGAUGGCCGCAAGAGAGCUCUUCUCAUUGGAGGAGGCAUUGCUAACUUUACAGACGUUGCCGCUACUUUCAAUGGGAUUAUCAGGGCACUUAAGGAAAAGGAAUCAAAGUUAAAAGCAGCUAGAAUGCACCUUUAUGUUCGUAGAGGUGGUCCCAACUAUCAGACUGGUUUGGCAAAAAUGCGUGCCUUGGGAGAAGAAUUAGGAGUUCCCAUUGAGGUUUAUGGGCCUGAGGCUACAAUGACUGUUUCAUUGGCUUCCCUAAAAGUUGGUUAUUACCAAUAUAGCUGCCCUUCUGCAGAAGCAAUUGUCACGAAAGCAGUGCACACAGUUGACUCAAGAAGCCCUGGCAUAGCAGCAGGCCUCAUUAGCAUGCAUUUUCAUGAUUGCUUUGUUAGGGGGUGUGAUGCUUCGGUGCUGCUUGAUUCAACGCCAGGUAAUCCUGCAGAGAAGGAGAAUCCAGCAAACAACCCCAGCUUGCGUGGAUAUGAAGUGAUUGAUGAGGCGAAGGCUGAACUUGAGGCCAUAUGCCCACAAACAGUCUCGUGCUCAGAUAUCAUAGCAUUCGCUGCUCGUGACAGUGCUCAUGUUGUUGGUGGAAUAAAAUAUGCGGUGCCAUCAGGGCGUCGGGAUGGAAGAAUAUCCCUGAAAGACGAGCCGGAUCAGGACCUUCCUCCUCCUACAUUCAAUGCCAAACAAAUUGAAGAAAGGUUUGCGCGAAAAGGCCUUUCGUUACAAGACAUGGUGACCCUUUCGGGAGCACAUUCCAUUGGAGUUUCACAUUGUUCUUCCUUCUCGAAACGUCUCUACAAUUUCAGUUCAACUCGUCCACAAGAUCCUUCAUUGGAUCCUAUGUUUGCUAGAGAAUUGAAGAGAAAGUGUCCAUCAAAUGCUGCAAAUGAUCAAACUGUGCCACUUGAUGUGCUGACACCAAACAGAUUGGACAAUCAAUACUACAAAAGUCUGAAGAAUCAUCAAGGGGUGUUAACAUCUGAUCAGACUCUUAUGAGUAGCCCAUCAACGGCUGGGAUUGUGAAGGAAAAUUCCCAGAAUGGAAUGGCUUGGAAACACAAGUUUGCAGCUGCAAUGGUGAAGAUGGGAUACAUAGAUGUCCUAACUAGAAACCAGGGAGAAAUCAGGAAGAAUUGUAGGGUCGUGAAUUAG